GGUAGGGCGCAGCUCGGCGGAGCAAAAGCCUGAAGAGAAAUAGGCUAGAGAGAAAUGAUUAUAACCUACUUCUGUUUUUGGAACAUCUUCAGGUCUCCAUCGCAUUAAAACAACGGCAUUGUGUUGCGAAACAAUCCGCUAUACGGCUAUGUCCAGCAGAGCAAUGGGAAAUGGCAGGUUCAGGUAAACGAAUCUGUGUUCUAUCCACAAUUGUCCCUGUGAGAAUAACUCGGUCACUGAAACCCGCCCCCUUCAGCCGCCGGUAAUGCCAAACAUCGUGUUGGCACAGAUGGACUACGCUUUGAGAGCUUAAACCUGACUGAAGCCUUUAAGAAGCACCGUGGAGAAACCGGGGACACUCGCGCUGUGGGGCAGCCGCCGGCAUGUCUCUCUCAACCGUAUUAGCGAAGGCCCUGUUCGACAAUGCAGCAGAGAGCCCAGAGGAGUUAGCCUUCAGGAAGGGGGACAUCCUGAUGGUCCUUGAGCAGGAGCAGGACGGAGGCCCUGGAUGGUGGCUAUGCUCACUGCAUGGAAGACAGGGAAUUGCCCCUGCUAACCGCCUCCGCCUCCUACAAACAGCUCCCUCUAACAUAGGAAUGGACGCCUGUCGGGCCCCAAGCAUGGACUCUGUCAACAUCACUCCCAGGCAGCUGGCUGCCCAUGGCAAUGCUCCUGCCAGUGAUGAUGGGGUCUACCUGUCCCCCCACAGCAUGGCUGAGGGAUUGUACCAGAGCCCAGGGGCCAAUUCUAACUCCAGGCCUGGGGAGAUGUGGCAUAUGGAUGGAGGGCGUCCCCGCUCUCACUCCAGUUCUGGGACACACUCGAGGCCUGAGUGGGAUAUUGCAAUGGCGAGUCGCCCAAGGUCUCCCUCUGUGAGGGGUCGGGGUGUUGAAACUGACUCCUUAUACCAGACCCCCACUGGGCUGUCACCCUUGACAGCCCAAUACCACAGAUCCCAGGAAGUCUUAUCGUCUGAAUCUGUGUACCUAACACCCAGCGCAGUUCCAAGGGUUGGCAUGGCCCCUGAGGCCCAAGGGGAGACCGCAUAUUUAAUCCAACGGGAGUCAGGUGGGCAGGGGAAUUCUGAUGGCUGUUACCUGGUCCCCAGGAUUGCAACAACUGCUGUGUCUAGUGAGGACUUGUAUCAAACCCCAACUGGUGGUGUCGCAGUUGCAGUACCCACCCCUGGUGCUUCCAGCAUGUCCAUCCCACCUUACUCAAAAAUGAGCCAGGAGACUCCAAGCAUGUACCAAACACCGACACCUCCUGGAGGACCCCGGACCUCCCCAAAGGAACCUAACCUUCCCAGUACUCCUGCUUCAGCAUCAGGACAUAAUCACAAACUUUCCCAUACCACGGCUAAUAGCUCUCCAAGACCUCAAACAAAGGGUGUCUCCAAAGACCCAGACAACCUGGGAGUGCCUUCCACCCCUCCAGGAGUCCGGGGUAAGCUGUCUGCAGGAGGUAGAGGGUCCCCUUUGCUGGUACGAAUUGGGAAAGCUGGCCUUCCGGGAUCUCCAAAUUUUUUGAGGAAACCUCCUCCCCCUGCGCCCCCAGUCAGAGGGGUAACCAAGAAGAAUGCUACAGGACCCCCCACACCUGCCCCCAAACCUGCUCUUCCAGUGGCCCUGGCUGUCCCGAAACCGCCUCGAGAGGGGGAUGAGGGACAUAGAAUGGUUCCGGUAACCAGAGAUGAAAACAUCCAAGAAGGAAAUACGCAGGACAAGUCAAGAAAGAAGGAUCCAGUGGUCCAGAUGGUGACUGCAAUGGUUGAUGAUAAAGCACAUCAAGAUUUGGAUAGUGACAAACUCGAAGAUCAGGUUUAUGAUACUCCUCCGACCAACCGAUGGCAACAGCCAGCCCCGUUGGCAACUUGUGAUGAUGAGGAUGACAGCAUCUAUAAUACCCCGAGAGCUGUUCCUCCUAUUGGGUUUGACCAAGAGUCAGAGAUCUAUGAUGUCCCCACUCUCAUUCUCAACCCGGCUGCAGACCCCCAGCAUGAGACCUAUAACGUUCCAGCAUCCCUUCCUAUUGAAAGUGAGGUGGACGAGGAUGUUUACAGUGUCCCAAGCCUUCCUGGCCAACCUGUGGUCCCCGCAGAGCCAGAAGAGGGAGCUGGCCAUUCUCAGGUCUACUCUGUCCCCAGCCCUGGAAAACCAGAGGCAGACCGAGCCCAACACAGCAACUGCUCAGUCGUGGAGUCUGAGCCCGAUGGUGGGAUCUAUGACAUGCCUUCUCUUACCUUGGAUGUUCCGUCUACCUCUUCGGUCCGCCGCCUCUCGGUUUCCAGCACAGGCUCAGGGGAUGUUCAGUGGAGAAACUCCAUUUCCUCCAUCAUCCAAUCUGCAUGGAGCGCAACUUCCUCAGCUUCUGCCAGAGAGUUAGCGACCUUGUUGGCCGAGAUCCUGUCUGUUUGGAAGACAAGCCAUGCAGGUGAUGCACCUCCACCCCUCCAGCAGGCUUGGUCUCGCCUCAAUGAUGUGCUCCCUGCCUUGGCCAUGUGUGGGACUGGACCUCCAUCUGAAGCCCUGCGUGGAAUGGUACGAUCUGCCCUGGAGGACUCUGCUCUGCUUCUGCAGAGUCAGGUACGACCACGUCUUCCCUCCCAAGAUUCUCUGUCACGCAGGCCCUUACCAGCUCUUCCAGUGCCUGAAGCACCGCACAUAGGCACAGGUAUGGGCUCACGGAAAGGUAGUUGGAUCCAGGAGAGACCUCUUCCUCCUCCACCUCCUCCGACAUUCCCUUUGCCCCCACCACCGGCAUCUCUGCCACCCUCUAUUGGAAGGAAUGAAGAGGAUGAUGAGCUUGGAAAUGAAUAUGCAGGAAUUGGGCUGACACCAGCCCCACCUUCGCUACCUGUGGGUGACAUUGUGGGAUAUGUGAAGUUACAGGGGAUGGCAGAGCCCACUGCAGAUGCUCACACAGAGAAUAGUUCCAGCCAGGUGAUCCUCACAGCUGAGACAAGGGUAAAGAAACAUUGUCAACUGAGUCCAUCUCCACCCCUUCCGGUGACACUCUCUCUUGAAGAUUCAGAGCUGCUGUCCUUCUAUUCAUCCCAGAGUCUGUCACAUCUCUCCUGCCUGGCUGACUCCAUCGAGGCUCUCUUUACCAGUGUUCAGGGGAACCAGCCACCACGUGUCUUUGUUUCCCGAGGGAAGAGUCUGAUUGUAACGGCUCAUAAACUUGUCUUCAUUGGGGACACUCUUUCCCGUCUCCUCAGCUCCUCUGACCUCAAGGCAAAGGUCACCACAUCAGGAGCACGACUUUGUCAGGCCUUAAAAACUGUCGUCGUGGCAACAAAAGGGGCAGCACAGAACUACCCAUCAGUCCCUGCAACCCAGGAAAUGGUGGACCGUGUGGCAGAGCUAUCCCAGCAUGCUGCUGGCUUUGCAGGGCUCCUCCAACGCCUGGCAGAAAUAUCGUGAUGUCGUGUUAUUUACCCCAUCAUACCCCCAAAAGACCGUCCCACAAAAUGCCUUAAUUGUAUUUUUACCUUCUAUUUUGAUUGUUUCAUUUGUUUCGGAAGAAUAUGUGCCGUUGACAUCACAGUUAGUGUUUCAGUGACUUGGUUAAGACCAGUGCCACAAACAAGAGAGAGAAGAGAGAGUGUGUGUGAGUGGGUGUGUGUGUGAGUGUGUGUGUGUCUGUGUUUUAAAUUGGCUUUUGUUUACAUGUCUUCAGUGCCAAGCACACUUGUCCUGUGUGACUUUAUAACUUAUUGGUGUUUGAUAUCGGAAUGUUUUUUGGACUGUGUGUUAAAGCUUAGCGUGUAAUGGGUCUUUUUUAUAUAUUUGUUUUCCUAAUAUAGGGUAUGUUCAAUGGUUUUCAUUGACAUUAUCCUGAUUUGUGUGUAAUGGUUGGCAUUUGUUUUUAUUGGCAUUGAGUGGUACGAAGUAACCGAAGUGUUUAAAGUUGAUAUGUGAAGAAUUACACUAGGAAGACAGUUUGGAGUUGGAGGGAAUCAGCUUUGAACUUCCCAAACAGGUGUGGUACUGGUAUUGUGAUGUAACAAUGGGAUAAAUAACAGGAACCCCCUCCACCCUCCACCCACUUCCCUGAGUGAUAGGACACAAGUGAGCACACUGUGAGUAAAAUGUAAUAAAUAAAGUAAUAAGUAUGUAAGAAAGAGUUUAGAAAGGAGCAAAAAGAUUUGCCCACCAAUUUCACUGUGUCCUUUUAAACGGACAAUGAGCUCUGGCCGAGCCAGCCUGUACGCUCUUGUCUGUUUAUCAGUUGAUUCGUUUUUUUUCCCCCCUUACAUCUCUCACUUUCGUUGUUCCCUCCAUGACGUCCUCCAUCCUCAGCUUGUUCAGCAUCACAUGCAGGUUGAGGCAUGUUUUUUUUUUUUUUUAAGUUUGUUUCCCACAACAUCCAGGGAGUGGUGUUGGUGAGAACCACUCUUGUUCACAUGUAACUCUGUUAUUGUUAAGGAAUUUCAGGACAUGUUGUUGACAUGCUAUAGGGAAUUCAUGCCAUAUGUAUUUUUCUCUCAGUUUAUUUCUCCUGAGUCUCAUUAUACCACUUUGUCUCACUCUCUCUCUCUCUCCUCUCCAAUUCCUAUGUAAGCUACCAGCCAUCCUUUUCUUCUCUCAUGCUUCACUAAAUGCCAAAUAUAUAUCAGAGUUACGAGAACUUGCAUGCAGGUUGUUGAGUGACCGCCAACUUUUAAAAAGUAUACCGAUUACCACUUUGAACUGGUCUCAGAUUGUGAAUUGAGCACCACCCAAUGGGACAUAGCAGUAUUACUCAUUAUUACAGUAUGUAUAUUUUUAUGUGAUAGAGGUGGUAGUUUGACAAAAUGGUAGACAAGAGCAGACCAUACACAACUUAUUGAAGCCUUAUUGAGUUUAUCAAAGUGUGAACUUUAUAAUCAUUUCUUUGGCUAUUAUGUUUCCUCUGCUCCAUGAUUAUGAAAUGUUUGCAUGGCUUUAUGGUACUCUUUUCAUACAGCCCAUAUAAACACGUUAAUCUGGGGUGUUCAAACACUGCUUAUGUGAUUAAACCAGUAUAUUGUCAACUCUUUUACAUAAUAUUUGUAUCAGAAUGUAUUUUUGACAGCUCAUGUUUCUUUCAGACUGCUGGGGCCUAUCUGUCACUAGUGACCACUAGAUCACUUGGUGUGGUCCAUGUCUUUUUCUUUUAAAAUACAUGGUAAAAACUCUAA